AUGGUGGCGUGCGCUGCGUUGUCGUCCUUUCAGCCACCAGAUAAAUUGGCUGUGCCGAUGACCUCGAAUGCACAGUCUGUCGAGGACUUGAAGAAGCAGCUCCUCUUCGCUGCCGAAAAUGUAAGGCGCUGCUCAUCUCCUCGUAGUAGUGCAUAUCAUUUUCACCGAUCGCUCAUUAUCAAUAAAAUAAAUAUUUUUAUUGUUAUCCGCGUGUAAAUUUUGUAAUAUAUGCAAGGUGGACUGCUUUUCCCUUCUCACACAAGAAUAUUCAUCAUUCUGCUAUCCGACACCGUCGGACUAACCAUUUUUCUUACAAUACAGUCAUACAUAUAUAUAUACCUACAAAAUUUUUCGUUUCAAGGCUUCACAAUUUUGUGAUUCAGGACAAUGUGGAACUUUGCGAUUUUGUGCUCGAGGAGCUCCGCAAGCUCAUCACAACUCGCGAAAUUCUGGAGGUAAGAGUGACAGAGUUCCCUUUAGAACGUUGGACGAGUCGGACUGCUGGAGCGGUGUCGGCGGCCAGCAGCCCGACUGACUGACUUUCCUCGCAGACGGCAUCUGUGCGUCCCUAGCGUCUGUCUGUUUACGACAAAGAGAGAUUUCGCUCGCUCGCGCCGCCUGAUUCUUCCCUCGAUCGAUAAUUCGUUGCGGCCAGUGUCAUUGCUGAGGCCUGGCCGCGCCGAGUGCAGGUGGUGCCGCAAAAACGCUGGGCCCUCUCACAAACACAAAACGCGCUCUGUUUUAACAUUGAAAAAGGACAAACCAUAGACUUCCGACUGUUAUUUAAAGUUUGAUUCAAUAAAAUUAAAAAUUGAUUGAUUUCGCAAUCUCAAAUAUUUUUAACUUUACCUUUUUUUAGACCAUUUUUUUGUAAACUUUGUAGAAUGAUGAUAACUAGUUGAAAAAAAAAUCUAUUCGAAAUUAAUAUAUUUCUAUUGAAAUUAAGUUCAACUCGUUUUUACUUCAUUUAAACUCAAUUGAUCGGAAAUCCCAAAAAGCAAAGAACGAAAUUUGGGAUUGGGAGAAGAAAUAAAACGUUCCCGAAACUUCCACGAAAGCCGCGAUGAUGUUCCACGUGCAACUCGUCGCGCGCGCCUUUAAAUUUUUUUUUCUACAAAAACUUUUGCGACAUUCACCCAAAAUUGUGAACUAUAUAGCAGCGAGAGUGACGCUAUACCGCGGGGGAGCCGCGAGCGAUAUCGCUCGCUUCUCGCUGCGACCUCGCAAACGUCUUGCGCUAUAUCGCUCUUUGAAAAAUUUUUCUUUAAAAAUGUUUUUUUCUUGAAUUUGAUUGAUUUCAUCGUAAAAGUCAAAAAUAAAGCGAAAAAAAUGUUUUUCAAAUUUCAAAUUUUUGAGUGGGAGCGAUAUGGCAGCGAGACUUUGACGAGGUCGCAGCGACAUGUUGACGAGAUCGCAGCGAGAAGCCUUGGCUAUAUCGCGUGCGGCCCGCUGCGAUAUCGGCAAUUAUGUUGGGUGUUGUGAGAUUUUUCUUUUUUUUUGUUGCGUAAGUUUCCAACUGGAAAUGUUUAGUUAAGCGUUGAACAGCAUUGUUACUUCCAUGAAAAUAAUGGAAAGUUCAACUUUCAAGAAAAUUUUUCCAGGUCACUCGCGUCGGUUUCCACCUUAACAACGUAAGGAGAACUCAUUUGAAGAAAUGGCCUGCAUUGUCCAAGAAGAGUCGAGAGAUAAUCAAGGCAUGGCAAGAGUUUGUACAAGACGAGGUGAAUAUUAAUGAAUAUUUCGUAAUUUUUCCGCGUUUUUCAUUUUGCUUCGUUGUAUUGAAUUCAUGCAUUUUCUGUUUGUUGGGUAAAAUAUUUUUAAUUGCGUUUAAAGUUAAUUGCUUAUUGAUUUUUUUAAUCGUUGGAAAGAAAUAAAAAAAUCAUGUAAAAUAACCGAGUUAAAAAUAAAUAUUUUAUGUGCACUCUCGCAUAAUGUGCGGAGGAAACUUUUCCGAAUCAAAAUUGUGAGAGAAAAUGUACGUUGCAAAGUAUGAUUUUUAAUUUAAUGAAAUCUAAAAACGAGAAGAAAAAAAAAAUUCAAAGUUUAUAAUAAAGAAUUUAUUUCUAUAAUGAAGUUGAUACACAAAUUGAACUAUUGGCAAGAUUUUUUUUUCUAGCGACGCACUAUUUCAAGCGGUGCUUCUUCGACAAAUGGAACACCAAAUGUGAUCUCACCUGGCAUUGCAAGGCUGCGUCGAGUGACGCCGAAUACUCCGGUGAAUCGGCGGGUCACCUCAACCGGCUUACCGAACGGUUGACUUAUAAAUCAACAAAGAUUUCAUGAAGAUUCAUCUUUUUAGGCAGAAACGGAGCAAACUCUACAAUCUCCCCUGCAAAUGGCUCCUAUGCCCCAAGAAGUCAGAAAGUUUCUCCAGCGGCGUUGGCCCAACCGGCUCCAAUCACCAAUGGCUUUCACAAGUCGCAAUCGGUCGGCUCCGAGCUCAGCCAUACUGCUCCCAGCACUACGCCCAUCCCAGGCUCAGCAGAAGACGCUCGAAAUGGAAAACGGAAGGCCGAGGACACUACUGGUUAAUGAUUUCUCAGUAGAUGAAAUUUAAAAAAAGUGUUACAGUGGUUAAUCCAAUCAAGCGAACAAAAACGACUGGUGGAUUUCUCGCAGCACAUGCUCCUCUGACUCCGCUUUCCGUUUCUGCCGCGCGUAAAGAUGUUCAAAGUACUAGUGAAUUGGUCAGUUAAUGAUUUCUUGUUCACAUUGGAUGAACUUGAGAUUUUUUCCAGGUUGCGCAACUCAGUCAAAACUUACCGGAUCACAUGAACAUUGACUCGAGCAUCAGGAAACAUGAAGAAAAAGUCAGAAGAGAGCAGCAAGAUGAAGAGGCAAUUUUUUUCAAACGCAAAAAUUUUUAUAAAGAAAGUUGUUUAGUUGGCCCACCAACUGAUCUACGGACCUGCAACAACGAGCUCGCCCUACGUCCAAGAGCGCAAAAAGCGGAAAUAUGAGCGCAAGCAGAAGCCUGUGCAACAGCCGUCGCCGAUUUCUGGUACGGUGUUCUUCUACGGCUUCGUUUCGAGCGCUUUCUCGGUCAUUUGCUUUCCAAAUUUCCGAGUGAAGUGUCUCUAAACGGGCCGUAUUGCCAAAGCUUACUGAUUGAAUGGUUGAUAACCGUGAUUUCUGUAAAGCUGGCACCGAGGAACGCCGUGGCGGACUCAUCCUGCGCAUUCCUCGCCUAGCGACCGUCAGAGAAGAAGCUGCGCCAGCGCCUUCAUCGAACUAUCCUACUUCUGCGCCGGUCAAGAAGAACGUAGACCCAGAGCCUGUCGAGCAGCACGAUGAUGAGGUUUACUAUUAUCUGACUUUUUAUAUAUUUUUGAGCACAACUUUUAAAAUUAUUUUGUACUAAAAAAGAAAGGUGGUAUUAAAAAAAGGCAACGAAUUUUCGAGCGACGACUUUUCCAAUUUUUUCAUCUCUAGGGAACUUUUUCGUCUUUUUUUCCUUAUAUUUUUUUCGGUUCGUAAAAAGAUCUAUUAACAUUGUUUUCCUUUUUCUUUGUGUUUUAAUCAUGAAUCAACUACCUAUUUUAAACAAUACGACUCAAAAAGAAAAGUUUUUUGAGAAAAAAAAAGUCGGAAACUUUCGGUUCAUAAAAGAUCUGUUAAUUAUUACGGUAAUAGUUAUAAAAUAUUACCAAGUCGAAAAAAAUUCCCUAGCGAUAUGAAAAAUCAGAAAAUUCGCUGGCUUCUUUUUCUUACCUCCAAAAAAUUAUCAUAGGAAAUCAAUUUAAAGUUUAAAAAAAACUAUAAAUUUGGUAAUAUUUUAUGAUUUUUACCGUAAUAAUCAUUCUCUUACAUAUUUUUUUCAGAUAGUUUUAAAUCAUGUUUGAUAGUUGAUCAUGACUGAUAAAAAAAUUUUUUUCUAUGUUUUUUUGUAAUCAAUUUUUCAAAAAAAUUGUCAACUAUCUCAUUGAACAAAAAUUUUUUUAUCAAAAAGAAUUGUAUGUGGCUUUCUGGUUUUGGCGACUUCAUGAUAUUAACGCCUUAAAAGACAGCUUUAAACUUUUCAAACGAUUUCAGGACGUAGCAACGACUUCUUCGUCUAGUUCGACGGUUGAUAAAGGGAAGAAAAUCAACUGGAUGGACAUGUUACCAUCUUUGGAAGAGCUCAAGAUUCGUUCGGAGAAAGAAAAGGAAAAGAGCGCCGCGAUGGCGGCGAUCGCCGAAUCCACGAGAAGAAACCCUGUUAAGGUAGUUUUUUUUGACAGCGAUGAAUAAUUAAUCAUGAUUUUGAGGUGCGGCUUAUCCGUGGAGAACGGCGCAACGUCCUCAUGUUGCCGUAUUUGGACAAUCCUAGUGUUCCAGACUUUAUCUUUUACAAGUAAUAAAAAAUUACCCAGUAAAUAGUAAACCUUGAUUCUCAGGUAUCGGAAUGGUCUUCAGUACUACUCAGAGGAGAAUUUCGCCUAUGGUGCUCCGAGGCCGACCUCUUGA